AUGUAUAGCUUUCGAGCCUCUCUUGUAUGGGUUUUUAUCAUCAUGACCGUCCUCUACAUUCUCUACUCUUCCAAUCUCAUCUUAACCGAUGAUCGCAAAGAAUGCAACAACACAAUCUCUACAGAAGAAAACAUUGUUACAUCCACCAAUUUAUCCUCCACCACGGCUUCUCUGCAAGCUGAAGAGCCAGAGAAAUUUGAAACUGCUGUACUCCCCCACAAACCAAAAAAUCAAGAUUUGGAGCUUAAACACAUUGUUUUUGGUAUCGCAGCAUCGUCAAAAUUGUGGGAGAAAAGAAAGGAGUACAUCAAAGUAUGGUGGAGGCCUAAAGUGACAAGAGGGGUGGUUUGGGUGGACAAGAGUGUAAGGACUAGGAGGAAUGAAGGAUUGCCAGAGAUUAGAGUCUCCGGUGACACAUCAAAGUUCAGGUACACGAAUAGGCAGGGACAGAGAUCCGCGUUGAGGAUUUCGAGGGUGGUUUCGGAGACAUUAAGGCUUGGAUUGAAGGAUGUGAGGUGGUUUGUGAUGGGUGAUGAUGACACAGUGUUUUUGGUAGAUAAUAUGGUUAGGAUACUAUCAAAGUAUGAUCACAACCAGUUUUAUUAUGUUGGAAGCUCGUCGGAGAGUCAUGUUCAGAACAUUUUCUUUUCGUACGCUAUGGCAUAUGGAGGUGGUGGAUUUGCUAUAAGCUAUCCUCUGGCAAAGGAGCUGGAGAAGAUGCAGGACAGGUGCAUACAUAGGUAUCCGGGGCUUUACGGUAGCGAUGACAGAAUUCAGGCUUGUAUGGCUGAGCUUGGAGUUCCACUCACCAAGGAAGCUGGAUUUCAUCAGUAUGAUGUGUAUGGAAACCUAUUAGGCCUUUUGGCAGCACAUCCUGUGACUCCAUUGCUAUCACUGCAUCACCUUGAUGUGGUGGAGCCGAUUUUCCCUCGCACGACAAGAGUUAAAGCCCUUCAACGCUUAUUCCAGUAUUCGGUCAAGCUUGAUUCUGCAAGUGUGAUGCAACAAUCCAUCUGCUAUGACAAGAAACGUUUUUGGUCCAUCUCAGUCUCGUGGGGUUUUGUGGUUCAAAUCAUAAGGGGAGUGAUGUCUCCUAGAGAGCUUGAGAUGCCCACAAGAACUUUUCUUAAUUGGUAUAAAAGAGCUGAUUACACUGCAUAUGCAUUCAACACAAGACCUGUGAGCAAGCACCCUUGUCAGAAACCCUUCGUCUUCUAUAUGAACUCUGCCAAAUAUGAUAAGUCCAGGAAGCAAAUCAUUGGCGUUUACUCUCGCGAUAGAUCUCCUGCUCCUUUUUGCCGGUGGAAAAUGCAUUCUCCAGAUAAAAUCGAUACUAUUGUAGUCUUGAAAAGGCCGGACGGACUUCGUUGGCAGAAGUCUCCAAGGAGGGAUAGUUGCAGAGUUCUGCCAUCUAGAAAAGCCUCAACUAUGUACUUAUGGGUGGGAAAUUAUCGAGAUGGCGAAGUUAGCGAAUUCGUGCAGCAACAGGAAGUAUAG